CGCGAACCGGGAGUUGCCGCCGGUGGGGGGGGUGGGGAGAGACCCGUCGCAGCAGCCGGCCGUGGGGGGCUUCGAUCGGUGGUCGUGAUGACGUCGUCCUCAGCGGCGGCGGCGGCGGCGCUGCUGGGCAACCGCGCGCGCCGCCACAAGUGGGCCAUCGAGCUGGCGCUCAGCAACAGCGGCAGGGGACGUGAGCGACAGGGUGCACAAGGAGAGCCAGUUUACCCUGUUGGCUACUCAGAGAGGCAGCUGCCAGACACCAGUGUGCAGGAGACGGACCGGAUCCUCGUUGAGAAGCGGUGCUGGGAUGUAGCCCUGGGGCCUCUGAAGCAGGUACCCAUGAACCUGUUCAUCAUGUACAUGGCAGGCAACACCAUCUCCAUCUUUCCCAUCAUGAUGGUGUGCAUGAUGGCCUGGAGGCCCAUCCAGGCCCUGAUGUCCAUCUCUGCCACUUUCAAGCUUUUGGAGAGUUCGAGCCAGCAGUGGCUACAGGGGCUGGUGUACCUCAUCGGCAACUUGGUGGGGCUGGCUCUGGCUGUAUACAAGUGCCAGUCGAUGGGCCUGCUCCCCACCCAUGCCUCCGACUGGCUGGCCUUCAUUGAACCCCCUCAGAGAGUGGAAUACGCAGGAGGGGGGUUGAUCCUGUGACCGAUGUCACUCCUGCUUACCUACCCAAGCCUUUUGGAUACUGCCACAGACCUGGGACCUGUGGGGUCGAGGCCAUACACCCCUCACCAAUCCCCCACAGUAGGGCUGUGAAGGCCCAGCGGAGGAGAGAUUCUGUGAACGGGGUCCUGUCAGCUGUCUCCUGGGAAUCCGGACCGGGAGUCUUCCUGCUGGGGCUGAACUGGAACAAGAGUGGGGUUAGAUGAAUAUCCUCACACUCUCAACCCCUUGGACCUGUUCCAUUCUUUCCUUGUUUGCUAGGUUCACUCAUGUUUACUCCCAUUUAUUUUUUUCUUUCAUUUGCUCAGUUCUUUUUUCCUUCUUGUUCUGAUCCCUUCAUUUGCUCCGUUCACUCUCCUUAACUCUUGUUCUGUUAGCCCUCCAGUUGCUUGCAUUCUCUCUUACUCCCUCUUUUUCUGUACUUUGCUCUGAUGUUCUCUCGCCUCACCCUCGGAGUCAGAGGAGACUGCCCUCUCUUGCUCAGCAGCCCCUGCAGGUAGCGGAUCGUGCCCGUGGCCCAGGAAGGCUUCAUCGUCAGAUCUCACCUUGAGUCGGACUCUGACUGAGUGAAUGUUUGCACUUGUGAAGUCUCCAUGUGAAAUAAAGAGCUUGAUCUGA